UGAGAAUGUGUGUAUGCAAGUGGAUAUAAUAUCGCCUACCUGUCCCUGUCACUCUGGUUGCAUUGCUGCUCUCCGUAUGAAACUGAGAUAACUAUUUGCUCCAGUCUGAGCUAAAAAGCCUUCCUUUCCUCUGACGGGCCGCCCUCGCUUCCAAUUUUAAGACGGUUAAAGCCAUCCGAGAGGAGUUGAUCUGAGUGACUUAAUUGUGAGAGGAGCUUCGGCGUUUGUAAAUCCCGUUUCGGCUGGUCUACCACGCGAUAUAGUGGUCGCGCAGCUUACAGUUUCCCUGUCUUUCGUUUGGGAGUUUAAGCUGAUUGUGAACGCUGCGUAAUCCGCUUGUUUUAUCGAUGAACUCUAUGAAGGAUCCGUUGAGUUUAGACCACCAUCACAUCACUGGAAGUAAACUCGCUUCCGCGCUCCACACUCCGCUUUCAAUGGCUUCCAGUCUGCAGCCUCUCCAGAGGUCAAUGGACUCCAAACACAGGCUAGAGGUGCACACAGUGUCAGACACCUCCAGCCCAGAGUCCGUAGAAAAGGAAAAGGGUCAGAGUAAAAACGACGAUUCGUCCGAUGACCCGUCCAAGAAAAAGAGACAACGGCGGCAAAGGACACAUUUUACUAGCCAGCAGCUCCAGGAACUCGAGGCCACCUUCCAACGGAACCGCUACCCCGACAUGUCCACAAGAGAGGAGAUCGCAGUAUGGACAAACCUUACUGAAGCCAGAGUCAGGGUGUGGUUCAAGAACCGACGGGCAAAAUGGAGAAAACGGGAGAGAAACCAACAAGCUGAGCUGUGCAAAAACGGCUUCGGUCCUCAAUUCAACGGACUGAUGCAGCCCUACGAUGACAUGUACCCCAGCUACACGUACAACAACUGGGCCGCCAAGGGGCUGACGUCAGCCUCACUGUCCACCAAAAGUUUUCCCUUUUUCAAUUCCAUGAAUGUCAACCCGCUGUCUUCGCAGACCAUGUUCUCUCCGCCCAAUUCCAUCUCCUCAAUGAGCAUGUCCUCCAGUAUGGUUCCGUCCGCCGUCACGGGUGUACCCGGAUCCAGCUUAAAUAGCCUCAAUAACUUGAACAACCUUAGCAGCCCCUCUCUGAAUUCGGGAGUUCCCACGCCGGCGUGCCCGUACGCCCCUCCAACACCUCCGUACGUGUACCGGGACACUUGUAACUCCAGCCUUGCCAGCCUGAGAUUGAAAGCUAAGCAGCACUCGAGUUUCGGAUACGCAAGUGUGCAGAAUCCGGCCUCCAACCUCAGCGCUUGCCAAUACGCCGUGGAUAGACCAGUGUAAAACAUGGAGAAUUAACAACCCCGAACCCCAGGAACAAGACUUAUUUUUUUCUUUCCUUCAAAAAAAGGGCACUAGAAGAAUAGACCACUGACAUGCGUCAUGCCCCGAGAUGGAGUUUAAAACGAAAACGGAAGCAAAGCUUUUCUAGCGAGAAUGUUGUUCUACAUCGUCGAGUGUGGCAAUUAGGAUAGGAAAACACGUCAUAAGCUUGAUACUUUUGCCAAUUCAACUUCUGGACAUUGAUUGACUAAACGGUUGUAUAUAUGUCUAAAUUUCAUCUCCAGUUUGUAGGGGCAAAUGCUAUAGCUCUUAAUUCUUUUCAAGAAAUCACUUUAACACCGCAUGUGGAAAACCUAACAAAAUCAUGUCUUGCUUGCAAAAAGGGGAGUUGUACAUACUAAACGCACCAGCCGUGUGUUCCUAACAUAUAAAUUUAUUAUUAAAUGUCUGUGUGAAUAUAGAUUUAGAAUAGCAACCCUGGUUAAUUCUACGCAAAUGUUUCUGCGAAAUGAAAUUGGUUUUGCUCUGUGUAUACUAUUUGGUACGGACCUUUUGUUUCGUUUUUCAGCAUCCAAAAAAAAAAAUAAACUAUUGUGUUUUAUUUAA